CUUCAGUGGAACACGGAGGCUCUCGUCAUGGCCGCUGCCCAGCCCCUCAGCCCUCAGGAGCCAGGCCCCAUGCAGGAUCCAGGCCCCGAGACAGCCGACCUUUCCCUGACGGUCAUGGCCGAGAUCCAGGCCGUGGAGAGCAAGGUGGACUCCUACGCCGCGCAGCUCAUGAGUCUGGAAGGCAGGAUGGGGAUGGCCGAGACCAAGCUGGACGGCUGCGAGAAGACGGCCGUGGAGUUUGGGAACCAGCUGGAGAGCAAGUGGGCCGCCCUGGGGACCCUCAUCCAGGAGUACGGGCAGCUCCAGAGGAGGCUGGAGAACAUGGAGAACCUGCUCAAGAACCGGAACUUCUGGAUCCUCAGGCUGCCGCCGGGCUCCAGAGGAGAAAUCCCCAAGGUCCCAGUGGUGUUUGACGAAGCCUCCUGCAGUUUCUCCGAGCAGGAGUGGAGGAGCCUGGAUGACGAGCAAAAGGACCUCUACAAGCACAUCAUGAAGUGCAACUACAAGGCCGUGGUCUCGAUGGAUGCUGCCGUUUCCAAGCCCGACCUUCUAUCCCGCAUCGAGGAGGGGGAAGCUGCAGAUCUGGGGGAGAGCGAGGACAGAGAGCCCCUUAAAGAAUCCAGCCUGGGCUGUCCGAUUUCUGCUCUCAACGAUGGUUCCUGGAUGGAACAGGAGGACAUGGCCCUGGUCAAGAGCAUGGGAGGAGACUUGGAUGAGAGAGAAAUCCCUGGAGACUCCCCUGAGGACACGCCGCAGCUGCUGGAGGAAGAUCCUGAAAGCUUAGAGCUCCCCGGUAUGUUUCCAAGAAAAUGGACAGAGGUCUUCCAGGGCCCGGGUGAGGAGCUGCUGUGUGAGAGCCAGCCCAUCGUGCUAACCCCACCCAGGAAGCCCCCCGGGAGCAGCCUGAGACGUUCCGCUCGCUGCGUGACAGAGGCCCGGAAAGGAGACUCCUUCCUGCUGGCUGCGGAGGCUCACACCGGCCCGUACAUCUGCUGCGAGUGCGGGGAGGCCUUUGUGGACAAGCAGCUCUUCACCACCCACCAGAAAAGCCACGGCGGAGGAGGGACUUACCCCCCCCUGGAUCCGGGAGGGGGCCUGGCGCCAAAGCUGGACCCGAUCGCUCCCCCGAGAGCCCAGACUCCUGCCAGACCCAAACCGGCCAGGCGCCCCGAGCCGCAAAGGAGCUCCGGCCUGAAGCCCGGGGCCGGAAAACGGCCGGGAAACCACAUGGUGGAGCGGCCCUACACCUGCACCCAGUGCAAGGAGAGCUUCAAGCUGGAGGUGAGCCUUGUCCUCCACCAGAAGCUGCACACCGGCAAAGGCGACGGCCCCCUGACCUGCACCUACUGCGGCAAGGAUUUCCGCGACCUCUCCAAAGCCGUCCGGCACCAGCGCAUCCACACGGGCGAGAGGCCCUACCAGUGCACCGAGUGCGGGAAGAGCUUCAUCCGGCGCGACCACCUCCUCAAGCACUGGCGGGUGCACACGGGCGAGACGCCCUACCAGUGCAGCACGUGCGGGAAGAACUUCCGCUACAAGGAGUCCCUGAACUGCCACCAGAAAAUCCACACCCGCAACCCGGCCGUGCGCCACGUGGCCGUGGGCUCUCCCCCGGGCAUCGUGGCCUUGAAGCAAGAGCAGCCCUACGCAGGCGGCGGCGGCGGCGGCUUGGUGCGGGUGCGCAGCUCCGCCUCUUCCCUUCCGCCGCCGCCGCCGCCGCCGGCAGCAGAGCCACUGAGCCCGUCUGCGCCCCGACCCAGAGCCCCCGCCGGCCCCAUGGCUGCGAGAUGGGACGCCGCCGCCCCCCAGGGUUUGGAAUGGGACGUAGCCUCGAUGCAGCUGGCUCCCUUGCACCCCCGCUUCCCCCCCAAGCACAGCCGCGAAGAGGAGCCCCACCGGCAGGCCACGGAGAUCUCCCUGUGGACCGUUGUGGCCGCCAUGCAGGCCGUAGAGCGGAAGGUGGACACCCACGCUGGGCGGCUGCUGACCCUGGAGCGACGGACAGGCUUGGCGGAGAAGAAGCUCUCGGAGACGGAGAAGACCGUCGUGGACUUCGGUGGCCAGCUGGAGGCCCUGGGGACCCUGCUCCAGGAGUACGGGCAGCUCCGGCGGAGGCUGGAGAACAUGGAGAACCUGCUCAAGAACCGGAACUUCUGGAUCCUGAGGCUGCCCCCGGGCUCUGAAGGCGAAGCCCCCAAGGUGCCGGUGGCGUUUGACGAGGUCUCGGUCUUUUUCUCCGAGCAGGAGUGGGGCAACCUGGACGAGUCGCAGAAGGAGCUCUACAAGAACGUGAUGAAGGGCAAUUACGAGUCACUGGUCUCGCUGGAUUAUGCCACUUCCAAACCGAAUCUGUUCUCCCAAAUUGAACGCGGGGAGGACCCAGAGUGUGCUGGGGAAGGAGAAAGCGACCCAGGGAUUGUCAGCCUGGAAAUCCCAACAUCCAUGAAUGACACCAUCUCCUUUGUGCAACGGGACGUGGCUUCUUCGGUGGAGAGCGAGUGGGACAGGAAGGCAAGCGAAGCACUCACAGAUGCCAGCCGAGGUGCCGAACCUCUCCCUCAGGCAGGGCUGGGGUGCUUGGGGCUGUUGCCAGGACCAGAAGAGGCCGUGUUCCCUUUUCCUGAGCAAGGCCUGGCGUGCGUGGAUGGGCAAGCUCUGAGCACAGCGGGCAGCCCGGAGGAGCCUUCUGACUGCGAAAGAAACUUUGGGGACUUCACCACAAUCAUCGUGCAGGAGGGGUCCCUGCCUGGGGAGGCUCCAUACGUGUGUCCGGACUGUGGGAAAAGCUUCCUUUAUGAGGAACAGUUUGCCCUCCACCAGAGGACCCACCCCCAGGCCUCUCCUGGCACCCCAGGGAUCCCCCCGCUGAGCAUCCCCUUGGGGGCUGAGCUCUGCACAUGCCCCGAGUGUGGCCGCUGCUUCCCUAACCAGGCCAGCCUGAGCAAACACCGCCUGUGGCACUCGGGCGAGCGGCCGCACACCUGCGCAGAGUGCAAGAAGAGCUUCCGGCUGAAGAUCAACCUGCGGCUCCACCAGCGGACGCACGCGGCGGCAGCGGGGAAGGCUGGCUCCUACAUCUGCGGGGAGUGCGGGCGGGGCUUCAACCACCACUCCAACUUCCUGCGGCACCAGAUGAUCCACACGGGGGAGAGGCCCUAUGCGUGCGGCGAGUGCGGGAAGACCUUCAUCCGCAAGGAGCACCUGGCCACCCACGGCCGCCUGCACACCGGGGAGCGGCCCUACAAGUGCCCCCUCUGCCAGAAAAGCUUCACCCGCAAGCAGCACCUGGUGGGCCACCAACGCCUCCAUGAGGGGGAGACCCCCUGGGUGGAGAGCAGCCUGCCUCUGAAGCACCCAGAGGGCUCGCAGGGCAGAGUGAGGCUGGGACCCCCCUUCAGGCAGGAGGCGUUCCCCCCCUAAACAGCCUGUUUAGUGCGCUCUGGCUGGGACACAAAACUAUUAAUGUAUGUUGUGAUGGCAGCCAUUUUGGACUGAGCCACUGUGGCGGCUGGGGAUUGAAUGCGAGGCUCUGCGGCUUGGAUCUGUGGGUGGGCUUUACAUGUUCUCUUUGCCACACUGGAUAGAGACACAGACUAAACACUAGAAGGACUGAAAAAAAGGGGGGGAUCGCUGCCUACUUUCUGGAGUCAUCCGCAUGACACUUGCUAAUGGAAGGGGGGUGAUAGAGGAGGGAGCAGCCAUGUGUUUCUCUUGCGCACUCUUGGUGGUAAAGUUGUCGUCUCUCACUA